AUGCGCAUCAACGCUCAACGCUUCUUCGCAGCAGCGAGGCUUAUUGUUUGUGCCACACCUGUCGCCUAUGCCACCACCAACGCUGCCAAGCACAUUCAACUGCUGCCGCCGGGGCGUCCCCCACAAGAAUAAAACUAUCGCAUUAACGCUUACAACAACAAUGUUUGUCAGCUACGUAUCGAUUUCUCGCUGACAUACCGACGCGCAGAACGAUUUAUGUACGUGCAAUGCAUGAAAGACUACUUCGCAGUGAACGGGUUAAAACUUUGCGGCACUGAGGUCGGAAAACAUCAUAUUUAUGUGUAGUUCAAUCGCACCGCCGGCGUCAAGAGCAUCGAUUUGAGUAUAGUUACUGCGCUGCGUUCGAAAGCCGACCGAAAUCUGACGGCGGCAUGUUGGAAUAUGAACAUAGAGUACCUGGAGUGUCAAUCAAGGUUAGCAUUAUGUGGCACUAUCGAUCCUUUUGAAGUGGAGGGUAAUAAUAAUAUGCACCGUGAGAGCGAUAUUGACCCACGAUCCAACGGCGCUGACAAUUUCCUUCUUGCACCUUCUGGUUGCCUGCAAUACUUUCCAAAAGCCGUUGGCACUAUCACUACGUUCAAUUAUAAUGGCGGUUCGUGUGUUUAUCCGGCGAACCUGAAUUAUGCUAUUGGCUUYCGCCGUCAACAGUCCUCAAAAUUGCUCGAACAAACUUUCAUUAACGAUAUGCGCUACUUCAGACUGGGARCGGAAUACAGUCGCCAGAAAUUUCACGAAUUGGACAAUUAUUGCCGACCGCAGUUGCCUAGCGAGGGCUUAAGUGAAGAUUAUUUACUGAUACCCCAAGCGACUGUUUGUGGCAGCAGCAUACAGGGUGACACAGUGGCAAGCACCAACCCAGGACCACUAGUGCUGGUUUGCAACAGUGAUGGCAAUUACAAAGCUGGACAGGACGUUGGGUUSGCUUUAAGCUACCAAAUUGUGUAA